UUUAUAAAAUUCUAAUCUUGAACCCAAAGGAAAGUUAGGCGAAGCGGAAGAUUACCGCUUUCCAACUUCAACAAAACGGAUGUAAGUGCUCAUACUAGAAGAACUGGUCGAUAGAUCUUCUCUGGACUUUGAUUUCUUGGGUUUUUUCCCUGCUUUUUUAUAUUAGCUUCAUACGCAACAAUGGGCGACGAUCUACUCGAAAAAGUCAGCGCCUUUGGCGAGCGUCUUAAGCUUAGUGGCACUGAGAUGGGCAGGAAAGUGACGGCUGGUAUGAGCUCCAUGAGCUUUAAGAUGAAGGAAUUUUUUCAAGGUCCAACCCAAGCUGACAAAAUUGUCGAAGAGGCCACCUCAGAGAACUUGGACGGACCUGAUUGGGCCGCCAACCUCGAAAUCUGUGAUAUGAUCAACAGCAAUAAGGUCAACAGCGUCGAUUUUAUCUGUGGCAUCAAGAAAAGAAUCAUGGUGAAAAAUCCAAGGGUCCAAUACCUUGCAUUGGUGCUUCUUGAAACCUGCGUCAAGAACUGCGAGAAAGCAUUCUCCGAGGUUGCAGCCGAGAGGGUUCUUGACGAGAUGGUAAAACUGAUAGAUGAUCCUCAAACGGCGCUCAACAAUCGGAACAAGGCCCUCGUUCUGAUCCAAGCGUGGGGAGAGUCAGGAGACGAACUUAGAUAUUUGCCGGUUUAUGAGGAAACAUACAAGAGCUUAAGAUCUAGAGGCAUAAGGUUUCCUGGACGUGAUGAUGAGGGCUUGGCUCCAAUAUUUACCCCUCCACGUUCAGCCCCAGAGACAGAUUCAACUUUUAUUGCGCCACCGCCCCUUCCAAAUUAUCCUGACUCUCCUAUGCAGCAUUUUACCACUGAACAAACAAAGGAAGCUUUUGAUGUGGCUCGCAACAGCUCGGAACUACUUUCAACAGUUUUAACCUCCUCUCCUCCGCAAGAAGUUUUGAAGGACGACCUGACAACUACUUUGGUGAAUCAAUGCCAACAAGCUCAGUAUACCAUACAAAGAAUAAUAAAUUCAGCUGGUGACAAUGAAAAUAUACUUGGUGAAGCUCUGCAUGUGAAUGAUGAGCUACAGAAGGUUCUAACGAAAUAUGAGGACUUAAAGAAGCCUUCUGUUGUUCACUCAGAAGCAGAACCCGCAAUGAUUCCGGUCGCCGUGGAACCCGAGGAAUCGCCGAGAGUCAGCCAAGACGAGAAUCUCAUCAGAAAACCUGCGGGAUUUCGAGCAAGGUCGGGCGAAGAUGAUGAAAUGUUACUUGAUCUUGAUGAAAUGAUAUUUGGUAAGAAAGGGGUCAGCUCAUCAGAGGAUCAUGAUGUUAGAAAGAAGCAGCAGUAUAAGAAGGAUGAUCUGAUUAAUUUUUAACUGAAUGAGAGGAUUAUAUAUAUAAGGAUUUUAUAUCAAAUUUAUGAUUCUGUGAUGAAAAGUAAAAUAUAUUUUGGUUGUUGAUGCUUUAUUGGAGGUUAUUUUUUUUAUUAUUAUAUGUAUUGUUUUGGGGUUAAGAGAUUGGUAGGAACAAUGAGCUUUUUUAUGUGAAAUAUGUAUUUUU